AUGGCUGGACACUUUGCUCUCUUCAGGGACUUAGUCCUACUACAGAUGCUUUGCCUGACGCUGGCCCAAGUGACGGGUCCACCAGGAGGGCUUGGUCCGGCCGGUCCCCCUGGCCUACCCGGCCCUCCCGGCCCCUCGGGCACCCCCGGGUCCGACGGCAUAGAUGGAGAUAAGGGUCCCCCAGGCCCCACGGGCCCUGCUGGAGCGAAAGGGGAGCCGGGUGAACCGGGUCCAGAUGGGCCACCAGGGGAGAAUGGAAUCGACGGUCUGAUCGGAGCAAAGGGAGACAGGGGACCUGUUGGGAAUCCUGGUCCAAAGGGUCAGCCUGGGCCUACUGGUGAAGCAGGACCAACUGGACCUGGACUGCCCGGACUUGCUGGGGCGCCAGGUCCUAUUGGACUCCCUGGAGAAAUGGGGAAACCUGGACUCAAGGGCAUGAUGGGACCAACUGGAGCUCCUGGGCUUCCAGGACCCCCAGGGAAACCAGGUCCUCCUGGAAAGUUCCAUGGGGAGGAGGGCAGUGCAGACUUCCUGUGUCCAACUAACUGCCCAGCGGGGCCGAAGGGGCCACAGGGUCUGCAGGGAGUGAAGGGUCACAAGGGUCGUCCUGGAGCGCUGGGAGACCCUGGGAGCCUAGGAAAAUUGGGUAUCAAGGGAGAUGUGGGCAUCUCUGGGGAACAAGGCAUACCUGGCCCUCCGGGCCCCAGAGGGCUGAGAGGCUAUCCUGGAAUGGUGGGGCCCAAAGGAGAAGCUGGUCCCCGUGGUUACAAGGGUAUCACCGGGCCUAUUGGCAUCCCUGGACUCCCAGGUGAGGAGGGACCUCAGGGGCCACCAGGAGAUGCGGGCGAGAAAGGGGACGGGGGUGGCCCUGGUAUCAGGGGUGCACAAGGUGCAGUUGGCAAGAAGGGGGAGAAUGGUCUACCUGGAAUUGAUGGGAAGGACGGUACACCUGGCAUUCCUGGCAUGAAGGGCGCUCCAGGGCAGGCUGGGAUGCCUGGACCUCCAGGCCACCAGGGGACAGCAGGUUUACCUGGAAGUCCUGGCACCAAGGGCGGAGCUGGGGAUAAGGGUGAGCCUGGGUCCAGGGGAUUGGUGGGAAUGUCCGGUCCUCCAGGACCUCAGGGAGAACCUGGACCUCCAGGUGAAGCUGGAAUGGAAGGGGUCCCAGGUCCAAAGGGUGACAGGGGACAGAGAGGGCCAGUGGGUCCCCAAGGCAUUGAUGGCUCAUCGGGUGAGAAAGGAGAACGAGGGCCAAUGGGAAUUCCUGGGCCUCAGGGUAUUUCAGGAACUAAGGGGGACAAGGGAUUCCAAGGAAAGCCUGGGAUGAAGGGAGACUUUGGCGAUCCAGGUGUGGAGGGCUUGGCCGGGGAGAAAGGAGAGAAGGGAAUAUCUGGUGAACCCGGACCAAAAGGACAGCAAGGAGUGAGGGGUGAGCCCGGGUUCAACGGCCCCACCGGAGACCCAGGCAAACCAGGAGACCAGGGCCCCUCAGGUCUGCCCGGACCCCGAGGCAUCAAUGGAGAGAGAGGCGUGCCAGGCAUGCCUGGAAGACAGGGAACUCCUGGGCGAGAUGCCUCAGACCAGCACAUCAUUGAGGUGGUACUGAAGAUGCUGCAAGAGCGCUUGGCGGCGUUGGCGGUCAGCGCUAAGAGGGCAGCUCUGGGCGGAGCUGGCGUCAUGGGCCCGCCGGGCCCCCCGGGGCCACCUGGAGCUCCGGGUCCACAGGGACUGCACGGACUCCCCGGGGCUCGGGGGAUCCCAGGCAUGAUCGGAGCGGUGGGACAGAUCGGCAACACCGGACUCAAAGGAAAGAAGGGUCCGAAGGGCGACAGAGGCGAACCUGGCCGCCCCCACCCUGGCCAGCCCGGACCACCUGGAAUCCCAGGUCCCCCAGGCCUCGACGGAAUCGCCCGGGACGGGAAACCAGGCGAAAGGGGACCUCAGGGUAUCCCAGGCGAGGCGGGACGUCCGGGUAAAGCGGGCCCGGCUGGUCUCCCCGGCUUCUGCGAGCUGGCGGCUUGUCUCGCAGCCUCGGCCUACACCUCCCCUCGGCUGCAGGAGGCGGGAGCCAUCAAGGGGCCCAGAGACGUCAUCAUCAUCAUCAUCAUCAUCAUCAGUGACAUCACUGAUGAUAUCAUCAACACGAGUCCCAAACUGUGA